UUUCCCAGGCUCCUUUGCGGGUAAACAGACAUGGCCGGCGAGGGAGAUCAGCAGGACGCUGCGCACAACAUGGGAAACCACCUGCCGCUUCUGCCUGCAGACAGUGAAGAUGAAGAUGAUGAAAUUGAAAUGGAAGUUGAAGACCAAGAUAGUAAAGAAGCCAGAAAACCGAAUAUCAUAAACUUUGACACCAGUCUGCCAACCUCACAUACAUACCUGGGAGCUGAUAUGGAGGAGUUCCACGGGAGAACUUUGCAUGACGACGACAGCUGCCAGGUGAUCCCAGUCCUUCCUGAGGUGCUGAUGAUCCUGAUUCCUGGGCAGACACUCCCACUGCAGCUCUCUCACCCACAGGAAGUCAGCAUGGUGCGGAACUUAAUCCAGAAAGACAGGACCUUUGCAGUCCUUGCAUACAGUAAUGUGCAAGAAAGGGAAGCACAGUUUGGGACAACAGCAGAGAUCUAUGCCUAUCGAGAAGAGCAGGAGUUUGGAAUUGAAGUAGUGAAAGUGAAAGCAAUUGGAAGGCAGCGGUUCAAGGUCCUCGAACUUCGAACACAGUCAGAUGGAAUCCAGCAAGCUAAAGUGCAGAUUUUGCCAGAGUGUGUGUUGCCGUCAACCAUGUCUGCAGUGCAGUUAGAAUCACUCAAUAAGUGCCAGGUAUUUCCUUCAAAACCCAUCUCCUGGGAAGACCAGUAUUCAUGUAAAUGGUGGCAGAAAUACCAGAAGAGAAAGUUUCACUGUGCAAAUCUAACAUCAUGGCCUCGCUGGCUGUAUUCAUUAUAUGAUGCUGAAACAUUAAUGGAUAGAAUUAAGAAACAGCUACGUGAAUGGGAUGAAAAUCUCAAAGAUGAUUCUCUUCCUGAAAAUCCAAUAGACUUUUCUUACAGAGUAGCUGCUUGUCUUCCUAUUGAUGAUGUAUUGAGAAUUCAGCUCCUUAAAAUCGGCAGUGCUAUUCAACGGCUUCGCUGUGAAUUGGACAUCAUGAACAAAUGUACUUCCCUUUGCUGUAAACAAUGUCAAGAAACAGAAAUAACGACAAAGAAUGAAAUAUUUAGUUUAUCCUUAUGUGGUCCAAUGGCAGCAUAUGUGAAUCCUCAUGGAUAUGUACAUGAGACACUGACUGUGUAUAAAGCGUCCAACCUGAAUCUGAUAGGCCGGCCUUCUACAGUGCACAGCUGGUUUCCCGGGUAUGCAUGGACCAUUGCCCAGUGCAAGAUCUGUGCAAGCCAUAUUGGAUGGAAAUUUACAGCCACAAAAAAAGACAUGUCACCUCAAAAAUUUUGGGGCUUAACUCGCUCUGCUCUGUUACCCACAAUUCCAGAGACUGAAGAUGAAAUAAGUCCAGACAAAGUAAUACUUUGUUUAUAAGUGCACCUGUAGGAGUGACUUCCUGACAGAUAUUUCCUCAAGUCAGAUCUGCCCAGUCAUCACUGCCUCUGAUAUAUGUGUAUAGUGGGUUACAGCAUUUGCCUACCAAGUUCAAGAGCAUAUUUAGGGAAUGAGAAAGCAGUAUAAAACAUAAGGCUGGGUUCCAAAAUACUUGCUUUUUAGUAGCUUGGUGCCAUGGAUUAUCCUGUUGAGUCUAUGUCAUGACAGGAUAGGAAAACACAGUUGAAAUAAUGGGAAUGGCCAUGGAACAGGAUAGGGGCACCACUGCUCUAAAUGAUGAAGCUCUAAAUGAUGAAUGCUCCAGAAACUGGGUUGGUAAGCACAAGAUAGAGGCAAGGCAGUGUAAUUUUAAAAGGACUUUGCUCCUUUCAAUUUUCCUUAGCUUGUCUGAGAUACUGACCUGUACAUUUUGAACAUAUUAAAGAGUAACUAAGUAUUCUGAGCAGAAAUAGCAGCAUUUGGUGUAGUUGCACUUUUGAUUUGAUGAGCCUGUGAUGUGCUAGAUCCCUUUAACUAAUGUAUAUGUCCAUUUUGCAUUUUAUUUGCAAAUAUAAGUGAACAGUAUAUAUUUCUAGGAUUAUACCAUUUAGGAAACAGGUUUACAUAAACAUAAAUAUCCAAAUCUAUUCUAUUUGGCUGAAUUAUGUCAAAGUAAUCAAGUAGAAUACUGAAAAGUGUAAGUACGUAAUAAAAUGCAACUCAAGAAUAGGCUGCUCCUUAAUGUCAUUUUUUCAAAAGUUCUACUUGUGUUUCAUUCAAGCUGCUGUGAUGGAGUGGGGAAUUAUGCCUUUACUGCUGCAGUAUAAUCUGAUGAUCCAUGGACUGUUUACCAUUACUUUCAGAUAGGACUGUUUAAAGGAAUCUUACACAAUAUAGCAGCUUUGAUGUCACUCCAUCUGUGCAGAUGACAACAGCAGAAACUCCAUAGUUUAAAAUCCAGGUAUUUACUGACCUGGGUGAAGUAGAUUUUGACACGCCCUUUUAUAGCACAUCACCUUAUUUGACUUCAAGAAAAUUCAAAAUCCAAAAGCUGCUGUUUACUUGUACAGUACACAGAUAUCUAUGAGCAGCUAUGCAGUAAGUAACUAUGUAAGCUAUCAGAAAGCUAAGCCAUAUCCAUCUAACUUGUAAAAUAAACAAUGUGUUCACUAUCUGUGGCACCUGAUAUAAAGGCAAGAGUCUCAGCACAAGCCCUCCUGUUAUUCCUGCAACUUUCUGAAAUCAGAACAAUCCUGUUAUAAAUAGAUGCUACUAUGGACUCAUUCAGGAAACCACUAAGAAAACAUAGUUUCUCUUCAACAGUUACUACAUUUUAAGAUCAACAGCACUGCUCCACAAGCAUUGGGAAAUUCAGGAGGUAGACUUGAGCUUAGUUUUUCUACCUACACUCAUGCUGGUUUUGGGGUCUCAGUAACACAGGAGGGGAGAACACCAGCCUUACCAAGACUUCCCCUGUUUCAUACAGGGCUCAUCUUUAGGUCUUCUUUAUGUAACUUAGUAGUUCAUCUUUUUCCAUCCGGUAACCACUUUUCUUCCACUGUUCACGCAACUGCUGUAGCAGGGCCCCAAUUUCCUUCCCUGAAGAAAUACCCACUUUCCUGAUGUCAUGUCCACUCACAGGGAACGGCGGGACAGACCACUGCUGCAUCUCUUUGAGAAGACCAUGCUCUCCUUGGUACUUCAGCAGCUCACAAACACGGGCAGUUGCAUCUGGUUCCCUAGACUAAAUGACACAGUUUUAUCACAUACUAAACACUCACAAUUUCAUUCUACUAUUUAAAUACUUACAUCAAAUCUACAGUGUGAAAAAGUUACUUUUCUCUAGUUAGUGAGAACUAUUUUCUGCUCAGACCUAAUACAUACUUACGUCUAUCACAAAGUCUUGGUAUGGUUUCAAUGGUUCUGAACUAUCUGUUGCUUUAAUCAAGUCUUUCCUGUUUUUAACUAUAAAUAAACCCAGGUUUUUCUCCUCUUUUGAAAUUUUCAAUCUCAAGUCCAAUUUUGUGACAUCAUCUUGUACUUUGAAUAAAGAAGCCAAAAGAGUCAUUGGUUUUGGUGAAAAGCCUUCAACAUUUUUACUGACUUUGUUAAAUUCUUCUAAAUUUGCAUUAGCAGGUAAACCUGUAAACAAAAGAGAAAAGUCAUUUUUUUCUUAACUACAAAACCCUCACUCACCUCUUAAACUAUGCAGAUUUUUAAGAAUGUGUAGUGUUCUUUCUCCACUGCUUAUUAUCAGCCCAUUCGUCACUCCCUUAACUCCUAGAAGAAAUCUAUCAUGUUCCUGUUUCCUGUAGCAGCAUGUCUUGUGAAGCUCAGGAGCUGUGAUCAUAUCAGGUACCAGCAUAUGCCUUCUCAGUCAUGAUCCUGUCUGCACACAUUCCCUACUCAGCAAUUGUAUGUUCUUGUAAAACAGUCAAAGUUACUGUCUAAAAUAUACUGGCUAUAGUUAUUAAUUUCCUUUCUAUAUAUUAAGUGUUUUGUGAAAGAGCUUAUUAUACAUUAACUUAUUGCUUCAUCCUCCUCUCUAUGAAGUAGCUUUUAUUUUGAACCCUUUGUGAUUAUAAACCAACCCAACCUGCAAAACCAGUAAGCUUCAUCAAAUUCAGGUGUUCUCUCUGAACUAUUCUUUACCAAUAAAUAAACUAUUUCCAUCUUUAAUCCCAAA